AUGUUACGGCCCGAUGAGUCUGCCAAUUCAUACGAGGACGAUCCAUGUCGAGCUAGUACGGUGCAAGAAGAACAGAAAGAACAGAAAGAACAGAAAGAACAGAAAGAACAGAAAGAACAGAAAGAACAGAAAGAACAGAAAGAACAGAAAGAACAGAAAGAACAGAAAGAACAGAAAGAACAGAAAGAACAGAAAGAACAGAGAGAACAGAAAGAACAGAAAGAACAGAAAGAACAGAAAGAACAGAAAGAACAGAAAGAACAGAAAGAACAGAAAGAACAGAAAGAACAGAAAGAACAGAAAGAACAGAAAGAACAGAAAGAACAGAAAGAACAGAAAGAACAGAAAGAACAGAAAGAACAGAAAGAACAGAAAGAACAGAAAGGACAGGAAGAACAGAAAGAACAGAAAGAACAGAAAGAACAGAAAGAACAGAAAGAACAGAAAGAACAGAAUGAACAGAAAGAACAGAAAGAACAGAAAGAUCAGAAAGAACGAAGAACUGAAAACUCGACUUUAUCCACCCAGCAGCGAGAUGAGACACUUCUUAUAUUUUGCAUUAGUUUGCGAAAUAGGCAUCCAACUAGAAGUGGAAUGUACGAAUAAUUCCUCGAAUAAACUGAAUUAAUUACAGAAAAUAAAUAGAAAAAUAAAAUUGCAGCAAAAAGUUAACAAAAAGAUCUCAAAUCAAUAAAAUGAGGAGAAUGAUUAAUAUAUAUCAAAUUAAUAGAAUAAAUAAAUCAAAUUAGUUCAGCUCACUAAGAGAAAAAUUAGCCAAAAAAAUAGGUAUAAAGCUAAAAGCAUAAAUUUAAUUUAAAUUGACUCCACCUAGCAAAUUGGAGGAAGUAAAUAAAAGGAAUAACUGAACAGAAUCAAUUAAAUUAAUAAAACUAAAAAUCUGAAUAAAAUAAAUGA